AUGUCUUCGACUCUACUUCGUACCGUCCCCGCCCUGCGGGGUGCUCUUCGAGCUUCCGGAGCUCCCAAGGCCGCCGGCGCCAUGGCCAGCACGAGCUUCGUGCGCGGGAAAGCGACACUCCCCGAUCUUGCGUACGACUACGGCGCCCUCGAGCCCCAUAUCUCGGGAAAGAUCAUGGAGCUGCACCACGCCAAGCACCACCAGACCUAUGUCAAUGGCCUCAACAGCGCCCUGCAGACCAUCGGCGAGGCCGAGAGCAAGGGCGAUUUUACCAAGGCGGCGACGGUCGCCCCCCUCCUCAACUUCCACGGCGGCGGUCACAUCAACCACAGCCUGUUCUGGGAGAACCUGGCGCCCGCCAGCAGAGAUGGAGGCGGCGAGCCGGACGGAGCUCUCAGGGUAUACGUUGUCCCACCCUCUCCCUUGGGUACGAGAACCCGCAAGGCCGAGUACUUUGACGCCAUCUGGAACGUUAUCAACUGGAAGACCGUUGCCAGCCGGUACGAGAAGGCUUAG